AUGCAUAUCAUAUUUCAUCUCUGUUUAAUUGUUACUUUACUAGCCACUUCUAUCGAUUGCCAAGGAGCUCGUGGUGGUGGAAGUCGAGGUGGUAGCAGCAUUCGUACUGGCAGUAGAGGUAGUAGUUAUCGUACAAGUGGAGGAAGCUCAUGUACUGGUGAUGGUUGUACAAAAUCAGGUGUCAUUAUUGGUAGUAUAUUUGGUGGUGUAUUUGGCCUACUUGCCAUUGUAUUUGGUGGUAUGUAUUGUUACCGUCAAUGGAAAGGACAACCCUUACGAUCAAAUCCAGCAUUUGUCACUCAACCAACGUCUAAUACGAACGAAACGUAUUCACAAGGUUACUUUGAGACAGGUAUAUGGUCUAGUCGUUACUGUCAAAAUAAUAGUUGGCAUGGACCUCAUCAAUUAUAUCUUUCAUUCAGUGAUACUAUGUCUAGAGUCGAUGGAGAAGGAACAGAUGACAUUGGUGCAUUUACUAUUGAUGGUAUAUUUUGCCGGCAAACUCAAAAGUUAGCUCUAACAAAGAUAUAUAAACAAGGUACGGGUAAUAUGGCAGAGAAUUUUGGACAUAAAGUUACUAUACAAUUGAUUUGGAAUUCGAAUCAAAAUGUAUUUGAAGGUAAAUGGUUUAUUCAUACGACAAAAUAUCGUGGAGAAGACAAAUUUGAACUUAAAUAUCAUCAAACUACAGAAAAAUCCUGGGAAAUGACAAAAUAUUGA